AUGGCCAUGUCCUCGUACCUUGCGGAAGAGGACAAUUCCUUCCACGGCAUCGAAGUGCCUUUCCGAAAUUUCAACCUGGCGCUGGUUGACAACGUCUCCGCCGAAUACUCCUUCAUGACGGAGAUGUUCUCAUCCUUAUCCUUCCACCAGAUCUCGCGCAAGGCCGUGGAGAUCUUCGAACCCGUCUUCGCUCUGGGCCAGACGCUGACGAAGCAGCUGAUCGACAACGCGACCGACGCACUCGGCGUUCUGAUCUGCGUGCGGUUGAAUCAGCACGCGGCCUUUGAGCUGCAGCGUCGCAAGGUGCCCGUGGCCGACGCGUACGUCAACGGCACCAACAUGCGCCUGUGGCCGCGGUUCCAGGUGAUCAUGGACAUUCAGUGUGAGUCGCUGCGACGGGUUGGAUCGAACACGGGACGCAGCGCGGUGUCGGCGCUGUCCCUGGCGGGCGGCGACGAUCUGAACCAGUCGACGGCGCCGCAUUUCCUGACGCAGCGGUUCGGGCAACUCCUGCACGGGAUUCUCGUUCUCAGCAGCGAAGCCGGGGACGACGAGCCGGUGUCCAACAGUCUGGCGCGACUGCGCGGCGAGUUCGACGCGCUGCUGGCCAAGCUGAGUCGCAUCGGCGGCGACGCCAAACGACGCGAACGGUUCCUCUUCAACAACUACUCCUUGAUUUUGACCAUUAUCAGUGAUACCCAAGGCAAAUUAGCGACUGAACAACGACAGCAUCUAGACGAGAUGCUGAAGAGCGUAGGCAAGCGAGGAUGA